AUGACAGACCUUGUUGUUUCUCGAGAGCUGGGCCCUUCACGGCUGGAAUCGUGGAAACUGAAACAGGAAUACUGGACGUUGAAUCUGUUGCGUGGUGAACACUUGUGUGAGACUUUGUUGAUCAACUCCUUGCCUCCUGAUACUGACAAGAUUUUCUGCUCUCAAUGGCUGGAUCAUAGGAAAAUUCUCUUUGGUACCAAGUGCAAUAAGUUGAUGUGCUAUGAUAGCAAGACAAGGAAGACUUGCCUUCUCCCAACACUUCCUCCUAGUGAUGAUGCUGAACAUGUAGAAGUGGCAGGAGGGAUUCAUGCAUUGGAAGCAAACCCAUCUCAGACUGUCCUUGCCACUGGAGCUACACAUGCGAAUGACAUUGCCUUCUACCGCCUCCCUGGGAUGGAACCCAUCUCUGUUGGACAUAAAGCACAUACAGACAGCAUUUUUGACUUGGCAUGGCUGGAUGAAGAACAUGUGGUCACAUGUGCACGAGAUUCCAAGCUUGCAUUGUGGCGUGUCAAUGACCCCCUUGAUUCCUUGCUUCUAUCAUCUGGAAAGGCCAACAUCAAAAAUGUGGACAUGACUACCUUAAAGUUGGAGUACCACAAUGCUUUGGUGGCAUCUCCAUGCCAAAAUGCUGACAAGUUACGUGCUGUCCUCUUCAACAGUGACUCCAAGGAAAUUGCUACAAUUUCCCUCAAUGCUUACAUCCAUGUCUGGGAUCCUCAGGAGUUCAGGCAGAAGUAUUCCCGGAAGCUGCCAAAUCCAUAUGAGAAUGUAUGCUUGGCAAUGCAUACAAGCCACAAGAUGUAUGGAGUUGGAUCAAAAGGUCAUCUGAGCCUCAUUGAUGCUCGAACCCUCCAGACCAUUGCCAAAGUUCCAACUAAAUUCUCCAAUUGUGGUGUGAGGUCACUCUCUUUCACGGAUACACUGGUGACCAUUGGGACUGGAAUCGGGGCCAUCUUCUUCUAUGACCUCCGUACAGGGGCAUACCUGAAUACAGAUGACACAUGGGAACGGCCUCAUGCUGUUGCGCUCCGUACCAGCCCUGGCAUCAUUCCACCACGUGCCCGAGUGGAUGAAAUGUUCGCCAACAUGGGAUAUACACCAGCCAUAUUCACCCAUUCAUACAACCAGAGCAAGACACAGUUGUUUGCUGCUGGUGGCCCCCUUCCAGCUGAUCUCAAAGGAGUCUAUGCUGGGAUCUGGCAAUGAUGCCCAAUGCCAUCUAGCCUCUUUCUGCUAAUGCUCAAACAAUUCAUUCUGCAAGGCAGUGCAUGGAUCUGUUCUGUUGUUUCCCUGCUUCAGCAGGGAGACCAAGUCAUUACCAGCGUGUGAUACACUCUUUUGUCAGAGUAUUUAAGCCUCUUCAUAUAGAUCAUGAGAAGCAAUCAUUUUCUUAUUUGAGUUUCAUUUAUGAGUUCCUCUAAUUUAUGACGAAUUUUUUCUCUUAAUUGCUGAGAC